AAAUCAACCCAUUUUAUGGCCGUGUUGAUCCGAUCCAGUCAAUUGUUGGUACUUAGUAGACCCGACACUAAUUUAAACCCACGACCCCGCACCCAAUUCCUCUCGCUUGUCCAAUUUUGGGAUUGUCGUCUCCGGAAAAUGCAAGCGAAACACCUCAUUCACGAGCUUCUCCGGCGCUCAAUGAGACACAGAGCUCAUCAUACCAAUCCGUAUCUUCACUUCGCAUGUAAUGCGCUAUGCACUGUCACGGAAUUACCCAAGUCCGAUUUUCCCGAGUCACCCGACCUCCCCAGUUGGCUCAAAUCCCCGGAACCACCAGUUACAGAUUCAAGCUGUGAUGAUUUUGUGAUUCCUUCACUUGCGAGUUGGGUUGAGAGUCACAAUCUCCAAGAUCGUAGCAAAUUUGUGAGGCCUUCGCCAGUUGAACAGCCGAUCAAAAGCGACGCGGACAAAAUCAGUGGAAUUCUGAAGAAUCGGUACCCUUCACCGGAGAGUUUCGUUGAAGCUCUAGAUGGGUGUGGUGUCGACGUAUCAGAUUCUCUGGUGGCUCAAAUUCUUAAGAGAUUUAGUAAUGAUUGGGCCCCUGCUUUUGGGGUUUUCACUUGGGCAAAAACACAAACAGGUUAUGUUCAUUCGUCUGAACUGUAUAAUGCUAUGGUUGAUAUAUUAGGGAAGUGCAAGAAGUUUAAUCUUAUGUGGGAGUUGGUCAAAGAAAUGGAUGGAUUCAAAGGGUAUGUUACAUUGGUCACAAUGACUCAGGUUAUGAGAAGACUUGCAAGGGCUGGGAGGUAUGAGGAGGCAAUAGAAGCAUUUAAAGGACUGGAGCAAUUCGGAGUUGAGAAAGACAUUAACGCAUUAAAUGUUUUACUUGAUGCCUUGGUCAAAGAAAAUAGUGUUGAGCAUGCUUAUGAGGUGUUUCUUGAGUUCAAGGAUUUGACACCAUUGAAUUUGCGAACUUUCAAUAUUUUGAUACAUGGCUGGUGCAAGGCUAGGAAGUUUGAUGAUGCUCAAAAGAUGAUGAAUGAGAUGGAGAGGCAUGGCUUUCGUCCCAAUGCAGUUACUUACACUUCUUUUGUGGAAUCAUAUAGUCGGGAAAAGGAUUUUCGCAAGGUUGAUGCUAUUAUGGAUGAAAUGGGCGAAAAGGGUUGCAAGCCUAGUGUAGUGACUUACACUAUUGUCAUGCAUGCCCUAGGGAAGGCAGGGCAGAUCAAUGAAGCACUGAAUGUUUAUGAGCAGAUGAAAAAGGAUUGUGUGCCAGAUGCUCCAUUCUACAGCUCUUUGAUUUUCAUUCUAAAUAAGGCGGGUAGGCUUAAGGAUGCUAAUGAAGUGUUUGAGGACAUGGAAAAGCAAGGAGUUAGCCGGGAUUUAUUGACAUAUAACAGUAUGAUUUCUUCUGCUUGCGCGCAUUCUCAAGAGGAGAAUGCUUUGAAGUUGCUUCGGAAAAUGGAAAAGGAUUCAUGCAAACCAGAUCAUAAGACUUAUGCACCGUUGCUGAAAAUGUGCUGCAGGAAGAAGUGGAUGAAGGUGCUCGACUUUCUUUUGAGCCACAUGUUUAAGAAUGAUGUCAGUAUUGAUCUAGGAACCUUUACUCUGUUGAUACAUGAGCUGUGCAAAAGUGGGAAACUUGAUAGGGCUUGCUUGUUCUUUGAGGAAGCAAUUUUGAAGGGAAUGAUUCCUAUGGAUAGCACUUGCAGGAUGUUGGUAGAGAAGCUCGAGCAUAAGAAUAUGACCGUAGAUAAGGAAAGGAUCGAGCUAUCAAUGCUUCGGGCGGUAGAAUGAGAUAGUUGUCGGAUAUAUUCUCACGUACCCCAACUGUUAUUCUUCUCAUGGUGUCAUGCUAGUUAACUGACCUGCAAUGGACAAACCAAUCCAGUCACUCGGCAAGCUGACAACUGAAACAAGAAUGAAUAACUAUCAGCCUAUGGUAUGGGGUCAUCUUAUGUAAUGUGUUCCCUUCUGUGGACAGUUAUUUUCGUUAUUGUGUCUAAGGAUUGCAAAGGAAAGCUUAGAAGUUCAUUCCUCUCUAAACAAUAAAUUAUCUAUAGCCUGGAAAGUUGAAUGGUUUCA